CAGGCGAGGCCCAGCCCUGAAAAAUUGAAACUAUGAUGGCAGCUCAAUUGGACAUUACUCCUUUCAACUUCAGUGAAUCCAGUACCGGCCAUGGGCUUGGAAACCAAGACCCCAGAGAUUCACAGCUGCGACUUGUCUUAGUGGGUAAGACUGGAGCAGGAAAAAGUGCCACAGGGAACAGCAUCCUUGGAAAGAAAGCAUUUCAUUCCAGAAUGGCAGCAAAAUCCAUCACCAAAGUCUGUCAGAAAGAGAGCAGCACGUGGAAUGGGAGAGAAAUUGUUGUUGUGGACACACCUGGUAUUUUCGACACUGAGGUACUGGAUGCUGACACACAAAGAGAGAUUGCUAAGUGCAUCCUCCUGACUUCCCCUGGCCCUCAUGUUGUGCUCCUGGUAGUCUCACUGGGCCGGUACACAAAGGAAGAACAAAAGGCCGUGGAGAAGAUGCUAUCAAUGUUUGGACCCAAAGAUAGGAGAUACAUGAUUCUCUUAUUCACCCGGAUAGAUGACUUGGAUGGCAUUGAGUUCCAUGAUUACUUAAAGGAAGCUCCAAAAGGCAUUCAAGAUCUGAUGGAGCAGUUCAGGGGUCGUCACUGUGAGUUCAACAAUAAGGCGACAGGGGCUGAGCAGGAGGCUCAGAGGGCACAGCUGCUGGACCUGGUCCAGCGCAUAGUGAUGCAGAACAAGGGAGGAUUCUACACUGAUGAGAUGUACCAAAGGGCUGAGGAGGAGAUUCAGAAACAGAUUCAAGUGAAACAAAAAAAAUACAUAGCUGAAUGGGAGAUUGAGAAAAGGCAGUUAACAGAGGAAUAUGAAAAACUAUUCAGAAACCUGAAGGAUGAAAUGGAGCAAGAAAAGAGAAAGGCAGAAAUGGAGAAGAUAUUUGUAGAAAGGGAGACUUGCCAUCUAAAUAGGAUGCAGGAAGCCAGACAUGAAGUUGAGAGUGAGGCAGAUAUUAGUAUAUUUAGCAUAAUCAUAGGUAUAGCAAUGACCAUUUUACCUUUUUUCUUUAGACUAUUCAGGUGAACUUAAGCUUUUUGAAAAUCUGUUUCCUGCAUAUUUUCAAGUGCUCCUUCCCAUAUUACUCAUUACCCAAAGUCAGAGUUCUCUAUU